CGGAGAGAGAAAAGGAGGUGGGAGGGAGCGAAGCAAAGGACCAGCUCUGAUCGCAGAGAAAGUUCUUCAAAUCUGUGUCUUGACCUCUCUCUCUCUCUCUCUCAGUUCUCUAUCUUCCGUCGACUGUGAUCGCCACCUCCCGUCAUUCCCCUGAUCUUUACCGUUCUCUUCAUCUCAUACGUUGGCGGCGGUGGUCUUCCAUUCUCCCGGCGGCAAGCUUACUUUCUCUCUCUCUCACUAGCUUCUUCUGCAGCAUUCUGCGAUUAAGCGGUAGAGAGGCGUUUUUUCAUUUCUCGUUUGUGGUUUGCAGGUUUCUGGAUGGGUAGGUUUUGGUGAUGUAGAAUGUGGGGGUUAGGGCGUGCGGGUAGAGGCAAAGCUUGUUUUAUGGGGCGAUGCGGUGGAUUAGGGGAAUUGUGAAAUUAGAGUAGAUUGCGGUGGUUUUCUUUUCUUUUUGGAGUGAGGUUGGUUGGGGAAUUGGAUGGGGAACAAGAUAGGGAGAAAGAGGCAGGUGGUUGAUGAGAAGUAUACUAGGCCGCAGGGGCUGUACCAGCUACGAGAUAUUGAUCAUAAGAAGCUCAGGAAGCUCAUUCUUGAUUCGAAGCUUGCUCCCUGUUAUCCUGGAGAUGACGAGGGCUGCACUCUUGAUCUUGAGGAAUGUCCAAUUUGUUUCCUGUACUUCCCAAGCCUUAACCGCUCAAAAUGUUGCACAAAAGGCAUAUGCACAGAGUGUUUUUUGCAGAUGAAACCGUCUCACUCUGCUAGGCCGUCACAAUGUCCUUUUUGCAAAACUGCCAACUAUGCUGUUGAAUAUAGAGGCGCAAAAUCUAAGGAAGAGAAGGGUGUGGAACAAGUUGAAGAACAACGGAUUAUAGAAGCACAAAUAAGAAUGAGGCAGCGGGAAUUACAAGAUGGAAAGGGAAAACUGCGUAAGAAAGAAGAAUCAAGUUCAUCAAGUAGAUCUCUUCCUCUAGCUGAAGUUGAGUAUCAAGAUAUGCCUAGUGGCUCACAUUCAGCAAGAUGUUUUAGAUAUUCAACUCAGGAUGAUGAGGCUGUUUCCUCUCAAGGCUCAUGCAGUGUGGCAAUAAGUGCUCGCCCGUCACACUCGAUACAUAACAGGGAAGAUAACUUUGACCCGGACCUUGAGAACAUGAUGAUCAUGCAAGCGAUCUGGCAGUCUAUGCAGGAGCAAGAAAUGCAAUCAUCUCCCUCAUCCUGUAACAUCAAUAAUUUACCCAUUCAACCCUUAUUCUCAGAUAAUUGUUUCAACUGUAAUUCUACUUUUUCGACCAAUCCAUCUCCUUCCAACACCCUCCCUUCCACAAUCCCUGAUCUAUCAUCGCCCCACCACAUCUGCGGCAGCCUGACAACUUUGCCCACCAACCUCCCCCCCAUCUCCACCAUGCUCCCGUGCCUCACUUUUCCCGUCAAUAACUGGAACGAAGAACUCGAACUCGAACAUAGCCAUCGACUACCCGAUCCCACACAGGACCAGUGGAUGAUAAUGAAUGAUGGAUCGAAUAUGAUCGAAGCGGAUAUGAACUAUUCUGAGUCAAACAUCCUAACCAAUGCCGUCGGAAUGUCGACGCGAAGUAUGGCUCCCGGCGACGUUACUCCUGAGAAUUUUGAGGAUCAAAUGAUGCUGACAAUGGCUGUUUCAGCGGCGGAAGCUGGAGCGAGGAUGAACUCUCUGGAAUUAAUGUGGUUAUAGAUUUAAACCUGGUUUUUUGAAUGGACUAUGUGAAUUAUAUGAAGGCUGCUCGGAGCUUCAUGAGUUUAUCAAUGGAGGUGAACUAUUUGAUGGCUUUCAGAUAACCAGCAACUAAAAGAGUAGUGCUUUUUAGGGUUUUGAUAUACUUGGUGGGGAGAGGAAGGGGGUGAUGGGAAUGGUUAGUGGAGAUGAUUUUGAUUUGUAAUUUCUCUCUGACAUGAAAAUGUUAAAUAAUUUGUUGGUUUUUUUUUUUUUGGGGUGAGAUUUUAGUGAUCAGAUUUGUAUUAUUAGUAGUUAUAAAGUUUGAUGAGAAAUAUUAUGUGUCAAGUUAUCAUGACUAAAAAAGGGUGAAUUUAAGCAUUUAAUGCCUAUUCUAUUGUGUG